AUGCGGCACCAGGCAAACACUGACCCAAGGACGGUGAUCGUGUACUUGCAAGGCAAUGCUGGCAAUCCCCUCCAUCGCAUACCUGUCUUUGAUACACUAUUAUCCUCCUGGCCUGCUGGUUGCGCGAUAGCCAGCGAGCCUGCGCCGCCGGUCAUCAUGGCCGUAGCUCCACGGUCCUACUGGAAAUCCACCAAUAGAUGUCCUACGGAACGUGGGCUUCUGAGUGACUACACUCACGUCCUCCACCAUACUCUCCGACGCUAUUCCUCCGCCGAUAUCAUCCUCUACGGACAUUCCCUUGGCGGGGCCGCUGCCAUCUGCCUUAUGUCACGUCUGCAAGACCCAGCUCCCUGUGACUACUCCCGUAUAAAGGGGCUGAUAAUCGAGAACCCCUUUGCGAGCAUCCCAGGCAUGGUCAGAGCGCUAUACCCUCAGCGAUGGUUGCCCUAUUAUCAUAUGGCGGAACUCGCAUGGGAUCGCUGGGACGCUGUGACCGCCAUGAAGGAGGCUUCGCGUCUUCAUCCAGAACAUCCCCCAGUUCUUGCCCGGCUACAACGUGACAUGAUGCUCCUCCUCAGCGAACGAGACGAGCUGGUUCCGACACUGAUGGGCGAUGCAAUAUGGGAUUCUGCCUUCGCCUGUGACGACGAUGAGAGCGACAGCACAAACCGACUCAAACGAUUUCACGCUCUUCGACGCCGAGUGAUUAUUACUGGUGCAUUACAUGAAAACGCAUGGUCGAAACAGCAAUGGAGCGCGGAGAUCCGCCGUUACAUCAACGAGAUACAAUUCCGAUAG